GUCUCUUUUGAAUCAAGAUACCGGAAAUGCCCACCAUUUUGGAGACAAGAGGUCAAAGUCCACUCUAUGCUACAUUGAGUCUGCUAACGUUAGUACGUAUUAUCUUACGGACAACAUACUAACACGUUAUACGAGCCAGACUUUCAGCUACUUUUAAGUUGACAUCCUGCCCAAACGUGUAUGGAGUAAAUAUUAUGUACAAGGAGUCGACAUGAAAACCAGGACGAGCGAAAACGCCACCAAACUUGUGGCCACGUACCAACUCUCUCCGUUCUACUUCGAUAGAACGGGUGUCCUGACGCCAUGGACCCUCUCGCGUCUUGUUAACAUCCCGGGGGCCGAACAGUCAGACGUUUUCUGUAUCCCAGGAUACGCGGAGACCGUCACCAGUUUUCUCCGGUACCAGGAGUUCUGUUUCCAACCCGGGUUCUACACUGACGUCGUCGGAUCUAACUCCACUCUAGAGGUUGUUGCUGAGAUCGGACACGUUGGCAAAACUUCUUACGUCUUCAAAGGGGAGGUUCGUCUUGAAACUUCCAAGGAAAGCUUGUGUAGAUUUGACACUCAGCUUGUGCACGUGGAUAUGCAUACUCGGCAGCCGACCGCCCUUCCACAACAUCUGCAACAGAAGACAAAGGGCCCCCGGCCUACAUUUAGCCUGCCGAUUUUGCCAAAUACCCCGCCCAUGUACUCCUGCAAGUUUACGGUCGAAGAGAGCGAUAUUGACGGCAACGGACAUACGAACCAGUCCGUUUACAUCCGACUGUGUUCCGACACGGCCGCGUUUGGUACGAAGGCCGGUAGGUACAGAUCUCUGUCGGGAGAUUUUCUGAAAUAUCCCGCAAAGAAAAUCGCCAUGUUGUUCCAGAGAGAAGCUCUGUUGGGAGACGUGUUGGAAGUACAGUCGUGGGAAAUCCUGUCCAAGCCUGUCUCCUUGUUGUUUCAGGUCAAAAGAGAAGAAGACGACAUCGUGCGCUGUUUGCUAGAAUUGUAUGAACAAGAGAGGGCAAAACUUUAAGAAGACAUCUAUGGUAUCCAGGAGUAUACUAUUACUCACUAAUACUAUAUGUUUACCAUACAUUGAUGCACAAAUAAAGUUGUAACAUUAAAGCUUCUUGGUACAGUUGUAAGUAUUGUCUUUUCUCUUCGAUGUUGACGUCUCUGAGCCAUAAAUUGUGUACGGUAUGUGUGUUACUGUCAUGGAUGUAAAGGAAAGAGGGCAAAGCUAUCAUAAAACGUCCAUGGUGUC